AUGGUUCCUACAAAUAGUGAAGUUGGUGCAUCAACAUUGGUAGAUGACAUUGAUGUCACAAGUCAAGAUUGGGAGAAGGCUUAUUCGGAAUAUGUGAUGGAAAAUACUUCAACUACAAAUGUCAAGUCAGAAUUUACUUCCUACUUAGAAGAUGGUGUCUUGCUUGAUAAACAAAAAAAGGAAAAUUUUGACAUCUUAGGAUGGUGGAAACAAAAUGGUUUGAAAUUUCCAACUUUGCAAAAGAUUGCAAGGGACUUUUUAGCAAUUCCUAUCUUUACCGUUGCUUCAGAGUCCGCCUUUAGUACUAGUGGUCGUGUUUUAAGUCAACAACGUAGUAGGUUGAAGGAAGACACUUUAGAGGCUUUGAUGUGCACUCAAGAUUGGAUCCGAAAAGAUAUAAAAGGUUAUUCAAAAACGUUGACUCGAUUCGAAUGUGUGGAUGAAGAUAUGGAUGAUGAUGAUGAUGAUAAUAAGGAAAAAGAAAGUCAUAUCUAA